GGCCGGGACGCGGCGCGGGAGCAUGGAGCCGCGGGCCGGCUGCCGGCUGCCGGUGCGGGUGGAGCAGGUCGUCAACGGCGCGCUGCUGGUCACCGUGAGCUGCGGCGAGCGCAGCUUCGCCGGGAUCCUGCUGGACUGCACGAAAAAGUCCGGCCUCUUCGGCCUGCCCCUGUCGACUCCGCUGCCCCAGCCCGAGGACCCCCCUGUCAACGGCUGCCACGGCCCGGCCCCCAAGGAGCAGGACGGAGAGGCAAUGCAGCUAGGGACGGGCCCUCCGCUGCCUCCCUGUGGGGAACAGCCCCCCGAGACCGCAGACCCCAAGCCGCCCCCCCCCCUUGUGCCAUCGUUCCCGCCGUAUUUCGAAGGCGCUCCCUUCCCUCCCCCGCUCUGGCUGAGAAGCACCUACCGGCAGUGGGUACCGCAGCCGCCACCCCGGACCAUCAAGAGGACCCGCCGACGCCUGUCCCGUAACCGCGACCCAGGCCGGCUCGCCCUGAGCCCCAUCCGCCUGCGGCCGCGCCAAGUACUCUGUGAGAAGUGCAAGAGCACUCUGAGCCCCCCCGAGGCCAGCCCCGGCCCCCCAGCUGCCCCUCGGCCCCGCCGGAGGGUGGGCAGUGGCCCCGGCCCCAACAGGGAGCCCCGCAAGCUCGAGGACCCUGAUGGUGGAGGGGACACGACGGCCACCAGCAUGAGGAGAAGCAAGAGGGAAAGGCAGGAGGAGGACAAGGCCCGGGUCCCCCGGAGCCCGGCCAUCAAGAUCUCCUACAGCACGCCGCAGGGCAAAGGCGAGGUGGUGGAGAUCCCCUCCCGCGUGCACGGGUCCCUGGAGCCCUUCUGCCCCUCCCAGGCCCUGCACGGGGGCAGCCAGGAUCCCGGUGGGCCCUCCGCCUCUAUCCCCAAGCUGAAGCUGACGCGUCCCGGGCCCCCUGGCACCAACCUGCCGCCCCCCAAGAUCCGCUUGAAGCCCCACCCCCGGGGGGCUGGGGAGCGGGAACCCGUCUACAGGGCCGAGCUGGUGGAGGCGCUCAAUGGCCAUGGGCGAGGCCCCCGGGCCGGCUCACCCGCUCUCCUCGGCCACAGCUCUGCUGGCAGUGGGCUGGUGGACUCUUCUUCUGGAAGCUCUGGCGAGGAUGAGGACUUCAAGCGGUGUCCCCCAGGUCAACACGGGCAAGAGAGCCUGGCUUUCCUCGCCACCUGCCCCAGGCGGGGGACAGAGGGUGCCAGCGAGUCAGUGUGGAGCAGCGACAGCCUGGACGAGUCCAAAUCGUCCAGCUCGGAAGUCACAUCACCAGACACGUGUGACCUGUCGUCAGGUGACGGUGCGUCUGUGCGGUCCUCGUCCAAGGACGUGAGGCAGACAGUCCCGCCGCUCACGGUCCGGCUGCACACACAGAGCGUCUCCAAGUGCGUUACCGAGGACGGGAGGACGGUGGCUGUAGGGGACAUUGUGUGGGGUAAGAUUCACGGUUUCCCUUGGUGGCCAGCACGUGUGCUUGACCUCAGUCUUAGCCAGAAGGAGGACGGGGAGCCCUCUUGGCAAGAAGCGAAAGUCUCAUGGUUUGGUUCUCCAACUACGUCGUUCUUGUCUACUUCAAAACUCUCCCCUUUUUCUGAGUUUUUCAAACUGAGAUUUAACCGUAAGAAGAAGGGGAUGUACCGCAAGGCUAUCACAGAGGCUGCAAACGCUGCCGAGCACGUGGCCCCGGAAAUAAGGGAGCUCUUAACCCAGUUUGAGACCUAACUCGGGCGACCAGGUCAUCGACGUUGAGAGCACAGCUGUUCUGGAGCUUCCGACUUUGUGGGUGCCCUCUACGUCC